CAUUCAUUUCGUCCUCUACUCUCUCUCCCUCUCUCACAAGCCAAACAACCAAACGACUUUAUGGGCAAGAUCACGUCUUUCAAGCAAGAGUUCUCUUUCGAUGAGCGUCUUGAAGAAUCAAAGAACAUCAUUGGAAAGUACCCUGAUCGAGUUCCGGUUAUUAUUGAAAGAUAUUCGAGGACAGACCUGCCUGAAAUGGAAAAGAAAAAAUACUUGGUUCCUAGAGAUAUGUCUGUUGGCCAGUUUAUCCAUAUUUUAAGCAGCCGGCUUCAACUGACUCCUGGGAAAGCGCUUUUUGUAUUUGUGAAGAACACAUUACCUCAAACAGCAAGUCAUAUGGAUUCCAUUUACGAAACUUACAAGGAAGAUGAUGGAUUUCUGUACAUGUGUUACAGCAGCGAGAAAACCUUUGGCUAAUCACUUCUUAUCAUCUAAUAGUUCACAAUUGUAAGUAUUUAUCGUUCUCACUUGUCCUAAACACGCCUGCGUGGCUUGGGCGUUCCCUGUAAUUUCAUGUUCCUUGUAUAUUUUAAUUUCUUCCCUUUUCUGUAAAGUUCAUAACCUGUAAUAAUAAUGCCAUAUUAUCUUUCCCAUUACUGAAUUAAUACAUCCAUCACAUUGGUGGCUUUCACAAA